AGUAGUGAUCGCGGUUCCACUCGUUAUUACUAGUAUUAUUAUUGUUAACCAUCCCUCCCCCUCACGUCGUGUGGUAUUUUCUGCGUGGCGCCAUCGUUUCGCUUACAAGAAGCAAAGCACCGAGGAAUACCAAACGUAGUGCAAGCAAAGAGGAAAACGUUUAAGAAGAAACCGCCAACUGGUAUUCAGCCAUGACGGACAAGAGCGCCUAUGGAGGUCUCUUUCAGGACCCGCCCUACCUCUCUUCCGACCCGGACCCCAAGAAGACGGACCCCUACGACAAGCAGGACUGUAUUCCCUCCCGAUACCUGGGUAAGAACAUGACGGUGGGCGGCCGCACCCCACACGGGGACCUGCCCGACGCCUACUUCGACAAGCAGUACCUCACCCUCGCCUCGGUGGAGCAGAACGGCGGAAAGCCGGUGGGCGACGACGAGGACAAGUGGAAGAACGCGGCGGCGGCGCAGCACAAGAAAAGGGCGAUCUCUGACAAGGAGUUCCGCUACUCAUCCUAUCCGCACAAGAGCACCGGCCCGGGUAGCUACUUUGGCUGCUUUCAGGACAAACCCUUCGAGUACAUGACGGAGCCGUGGGAUGACGGGUCGAAGAGCAAGAAAAGGAAGAAGAAGAACACAGCGCGGGACACGGAGGCGGAGAAGACGCACCUGCCGAACAUCAAGACCGGUCCGUCAAAGAAGGGCACCUACGGCUACCCGGGCCUGUUGCUGGAAAACCCGGUCUACAACGAACAAUGGCGGGCGGACCACGACGCCGCAGAGCGUGAGGCGGCAAAGAAGGAGCAGAAGCAGGCCGGCUCCGCGAAGCCGCCCAAUCCACCGAUGCACAUCUCCGGUGUGAGUCGCGCCUACCUGGACGAGAUGCCCAACACCGGCUUGUCGGGUGUGUACACGCGCCACACUCCCCCGCCCGACGACGCCGCGACGAGGAAGCAGAAGGCGAAGAAGUCCAUGGCCGCUGCUGCACCGGUGGUCCUGCACGAGAAGCCCUUCACGGCGAUCGCCUCGCGCUCCGGCGAGCAGGGCUGCAUCAACGCGUUCCCUAAUGCUUGGGUGAACCCCGACGACGUGAAGCCGUCCAAGACGGCGCUGCUCAAGCAGUCGCAGAAGGCGAAGGAGGAGGCCGCGCGAAUGGCGAAGGCGCCCCCGGUGUGGAAGCCGAACGCGUUUGAGAAAACCUCCGUCGUCUCGUCCUGUCUUCGACGCUUUUACUAA